CUUUUUGCACAGCGGGCACACACAGACACACCGCUGUCGCAGCACCAAGUACCCAUUCUUUACGAACGUGCUCAGCUUCAGUUCGGUGACAGAGCGACUCGGCAUCUGGACUCCGUUGGGUUUAGCUCUACAGGGUCAGCAGCCAUGGACGCUCUGGCGAACAAGGAGGUGGUGUUCGACCUGGACGCUGCGGCCUUCAGCUCAGAUGACUUUCGCAUUUUUCAGUUCAAGGUGAAGCGCUGCCCGCGCGCACGGCCUCACGACUGGACGCAGUGCCCAUUUGCCCACCCUGGAGAGAAGGCGAAGCGCAGGGACCCGCGCAAGUACCGCUACUCGGGGACGGCUUGCCCCGAGUUUCGCCGGAACGGCUGCUGCCGCCGCGGCGAUGCGUGCCCCUUCGCUCACGGAGUCUUUGAGUGCUGGCUGCAUCCGAGCCGGUACCGCACCCAGAUGUGCACGGAUGGCUCCAACUGCAAGAGGCGCGUGUGCUUCUUUGCACAUACUGAGAGCGAGCUGCGUAAGCCGGAGGAGGACCCGCUCUGGCUUCAGCAGCAGCUGCAGGCGGAGCUGGCUGCAGAGCAGCAGGUCCAGCAGCAGAUCCAGGCGCUCAAGGUGUUUGCCAACAUCCUGGGGCCCAACACAGCCACCCUGGGCGGCCAGCAGGCGGCGGCGGCAGCCAACGGCCAGGCCGGCGGCGGCGGCGGCGGCAACGGCAUGGACAUGCUCAAGAACCUUCCCGCAUCCACGCUGACCCAGCUGCUGGGCGCCGUCGGCGGCAGCGGCGCCGACACCACCUCGGGCCCCGGCGGCGGCUCGCAGUCCGCCGCCGCCGCCGCCGCCUCCCAGGCUGCCGCCUCCAAUGACGGGCUGCUACAGCUCCUGCAAAUGGUGGAGCAGCAGCAGGCGGCGGCCGCAGCCGCAUCUGCCGCGGCGGCGGCGCCGCCCCCGCCGCCGCCGCUACCGCCGGCUUCCAGCGCGCCCGCCAACCUGGCGAGCCUUCUGACCGCCGCCGUGGCUGGCAGCGGCGGUGCCGGCGGCGCCGGCGGCGCCGCCGCUGGUGACCUCCAGCUGAAGCUGGCGGCGCAGCUGCUGCAGCAGGCGGCGGCGCAGCCUGGCGGUGCGUCGGCGGGCGGGCAGCAGGACCUGCAGACCCGCCUGGCGGCGCAGCUGGCGGGGCUGGGCCUCGGCGGCGGCUCUGCCGCGGCCGCGCCCAGGGCCGCCGAUGCCGGCGGCGGUGACGGCAAGCAAGGCUCGCAGGCGAACCUGGCGAUGGAGCUUCUGGGGCUGCUGGCAGGACAGCAGCAGCAACAGCAACAACAGCAGCAACAACAACAGCAGCAGCAGCAGCAGCAGCAGCAGCAGCAGCUGGCGGCGGCCGCCGCCGCAGCGCUGGCGGCGGCUGCGCAGCCGCAGCAGCAGCACGCGGCACAGCAGCAGGCGGGCUCCGCUGGCGGCGGCGCCGGCUCGGCCGCAGCCCUGACGGCGGCGCUGGCGGCGCUAGGACUGGACGCGUCGAUGCUGACUGGCGGCGCCGAGCCCGCUGCCGCCGCCGCGCCCGCGCCUACGGCGGCACAGGCUCUGCCCGCUGACGCCAUGGCUAUGCUGGCGGCGGCGCUGGGCGGCAGCCACGGUGCCACCAAGGAAGCGCCGGCCGCGGCUCCGGCGGUGGCGGCGGCUCCUGCGCCGGAGGCAGCGGCGGCGGCGCCGUCCCUGGACUCCCUGGCGGCGCUGCUGGCGGCGGCGGGUGGGCAGGGCGGCGCGGGUGCGCUGUCGCCCGCCAUGCUGAGCAACCUGCAGAGCAUGCUGGGCGGCCCCGCCGUCACCGCCGCCACCGCGCCGGCGGCGCCGCCGCCACCGGCACCGGCACCGGUGUCGGCUGCACCGGCGCUUCCCGCGGCUCCGGCUGCGGCCCCGGCUGCCGCUGAGGUCGCCUCCUCGGCCGCCUCCGACGGUGGCGCGUCGACGGCUUCCGCCGCGCCGUCUACGGGCGGCGCGGCCGGGGCGCCCGAGGCACCGGCCUCGCCCCCUGCCGCCGCCGCUGCGGCGCCCGCGCCUGCGCCCGCUCCGACUGCCGCCGCCGCCACGGCCGCCACCGCCGCGGGCGACGGCGCGGCCCUCGCGUCCCUUCUGGAGGCCUUUUACAGCAAGCCCGAGAACCUGAUGACGGCCCAGGCGUUGCUGGAGCGCAUCACCGCCGCCAAUGGCGGCGCCGCCGCCGCCGCCGGACUGGACCCUGCGACCAUGGCGGCCCUGGCGGGCCUGGCGGCGGGCGGCUCCGCCGCCGCCGCGGCGGGCGCCGCCGCUGGCGCCGCCCCGGCGGCUGCGCCGGAGGGCAGCCAGUGAGCGACGUGUCGUGGUGGGGGGGAAGAGGCAGGCGAGGUUGUUCCACCAGGAGAAUGGGCGUGCAGGAUGGAGGGCGGGUGAGCACACGGGGAGGUGGGGCGGCCUUGUGGCCGUGGCUGGUGGGAUGCGUCCCAGGACAGAGUGUGAUUCGUUUUGAGCCUGGGGGGAAAACCAUCAGCCAGCUACAAGACUGCUCCGCCACUCCUUUUGAUUGAUACCCUGAUGAUUCAAUUCGUCGCCACCGUCGUCGUCGUUGCCGCCGCUGCCAGCUGGGUGCAAAGCUGCAACUCGCACUUGCUUAUGUAGGAUGAUCCAGAGAAGUGGCAUGUGAUUGCUGCAAGGUGCUCUGCUGGUUAUGCGCUGCUGAAGGGUGCAGCAGGAGGGGUGGGGAAGGAGGAGCAGGGAAGAGGACUGGUGUGGAAACGGUUUGCAGGAGCAAACGCUAAAGCGAUUGAAGGAGGAGAGAUUCGAUAACCAAAAAACCUUUAGACGAUUUCUUGGGCCGCCCUCGCAAUUCCGGCGCGCCCCGUUGGGCCACCUUGCGGGCGGCUAUGUUCACAUGCGCGGGUGUGAGUGUCGAGUCGUGAGGGGUGGGACGGAAGCGGCUGCGCGGACGGCAUCGCAAAUGCUACAGAUGAUUCUUUUCUGCGGCGUUUUAUUUGCGGCGGCGUGCCUGUGCAGUGGAACAUCCGUCUACUCGUUAGCAACGCGACGCUGGCUCCUAGUGUUGUGUGAGCAGGGCUUGUUUGUGAGGGCAAGGUUUACGUGCGUUGGCGGCGGCGGGCCUGUCAGCUGUGCUGCGCGUGGGUGUUGCCGAGCCUCUUGCACCGUGCACACCACCACACGCGCACGUGCGCCCCCCGCUACGCUCGGCGCUUCCUCGUGGGGAGGCCGGCGGGAGGGGCGUGGCGUGCGCUUGCCUGUGUGUGUGCGCGUGUACUGUGGGAGGAGUAAGCGGCGCACCCGUGUGGUUGGGUUGGGGCUUUUUCCGUGCGGCCGCCAAUGAUUCUUCGGUCCCAACAACCCCUUAUGUGCUGUGUGUGUGAGCGUGAAGGUUAAGGUGAGUGUGGAUGGCACCAGGCUUUGAGCUCUUUUUCGUGAUGAGAAUGGUUUGCCUACACCGGUUCAGGGAGAUUGAUUAUCCAAAAAUCAUCUGAUUGGAAAGCUUCUUAGCCUCAACCCCCAUUGACGAUAGCCUGGGCCAAGUAGACUAUAGUGUGUGUGCUUGCUCCCGCUAAUUGAGGUCCACGAUUGUGUACGCUUUUUUACGCGCUGAUUUGCGCCGAUUUGGGAUGAGACCGAGGUUUGUGGUUUAGAGCCGCGGAGGUCGGGGGGCACGGUGUGUGCUGUGGGGGAAGGCGUUCAUGUGGGUUAGCGUGGCGUGGCGUGUUGACACGGCAUGACGACUUUGGGUUGCAGGGCGACUUGAGCAACCGGCGAACGCGGAGAGAGGGGAUUCCUCCGGAGGCCGUGCCAAACUCGUGGGUGAUUGAAAGCCCAGAGCAUAGAUGGCCCCUGCGUGCUAGCGCGCUUGGGUUGUCCUCUCCUGUAAUGCCGCAAUCAU